AUGACUUGUGCUGGCCUUUCGCGGACGUGGCAACGGAUUUGUGAAGACGAUCAGACAUGGCGACAGAAAUGUUUCGAGAACGGAUAUGUGGAAUUUGAUGCGCCAAGUUUUCGUUUUCUCGGAGGUUGGGCGGCGAAUCGAGCACAGCAAGCGGGAAUCACAAUCUGUUCACAUAUGGACUUUCAAGUAGCACAGCAGAAUCGACAAGCACGUGAGGUCGCAUAUGGACAAUGUUAUGAGCGUUCGCCAUGGAAGUCGCUGUACUUGCGAAAGAAGCGAAUCAUUUCGAAUUGGCGAUCCCGAGCGAUUCAAUCAAGCACUGUCCAAAAGGAAGAGAUACAAGUUCACUCUGGUCGUAUUGUUACUACUUCUGAUUAUCAUACGUUGCAGGUCUGGAAUGUUGAUGAUGCUCAAAACGGUCCCGGUGAUUCGUAUCAAGUGAGCGAAGAUGGCAAAUACAUUGUCAGUACCGGGUUUCAACGUGGAACGGUGGACGUUUUGUGUGGUCAAACCGUCUGGGACAUUGUCGACGGAAAAUGCCUUCACAUUUUGGCUGGCGAGGCGUGGUAUGUGAAUUAUUUGCAAUUUGAUGGAAUACGGGUUGUAUUUGAUGGCCGUGAUUGUACCGUAAAGGUUUGGCAUCUACACACGGAAAAGUGUUUGCACACGCUGACGGGUCACACAAGUGAAGUUACUUCACUUUUGUUUGAGCCAGAGCGCGAUCUUGUCGUGUCGGGUAGUCGUGACGGAACGAUUCGGGUCUGGGAUGUGCAAAGAGGAACAUGCAUCACACAUCUUGUCUUGCAUGAAUGGUCACCGCUCCUUUCUAUUAAGGUGCAGUUACGCGGAAACAUUUUGGCCUCCAAAAUGUCCGAUAUUCCUCACGACCCGGAAGUUAAGGUUUGGGACAUUCGUGAGGGUGGCUCGUGCCUUCACCACUUACAUGGCGGAAAUGGUCAUACGUCGCUCAUCACUUCAUUGCAAUUGCUCGACUCCGGACUUUUGGUGACAGCUUCGGAUGAUGUGGUGAAGCUGUGGGAUGCGGAGAAAGGUAUCUUUGUUCGUGACCUCAUUCGGCUUCAAUAUCAGAAUCGGAUUCUGGAUCUCAAAGCCACUGAAACAUGGCUCGUAUGUGGAGUUCAAGCGGGAUAUUGGGGCAUGGGGGGACAGGCUCAUCUACAUCGAUUU